UGUUACCCGGAUGGAGAGAACCAUGUGCGCAGCAGUGUCCUGAGUCGACUUGGGUUGAUAGGUAGCAAAACGUCUUCAGUUUAACAUUCUGUGUAAGACUGCCGAUCAGAGCAGACUUCUGUCACAUCAUAGUUAACUUAAUUGCCACAUCUCAACACAAUGCUGCGUUUACCUGCUGUGAUGAAACAGAUCCGGCCCGUGUGCCGAGCCCUGGCCCCCCACCUCACCCGCAGCUACGCCAAGGACGUCAAGUUCGGCGCCGACGCCCGAGCUCUCAUGCUCCAGGGGGUGGACCUGCUGGCUGAUGCUGUGGCGGUUACCAUGGGACCCAAGGGUCGCACGGUCAUCAUCGAGCAGAGCUGGGGCAGCCCCAAGGUGACCAAAGACGGCGUGACGGUGGCCAAGAGCAUCGAACUGAAGGACAGGUACAAGAACAUCGGGGCCAGGCUGGUGCAGGACGUGGCCAACAACACCAACGAGGAGGCGGGCGACGGCACCACCACCGCCACCGUGCUGGCGCGCGCCAUCGCCAAGGAGGGCUUCGACUCCAUCAGCAAGGGCGCCAACCCCGUGGAGAUCCGCCGCGGCGUGAUGAUGGCGGUGGAGACGGUCAUCGGCGAGCUGAAGAGGCUGUCCAAGCCCGUCACCACGCCGGAGGAGAUCGCACAGGUGGCCACCAUCUCCGCCAACGGAGACAGCGAGAUCGGCACCAUCAUCUCCGACGCCAUGAAGAAAGUGGGCCGGAAGGGGGUCAUCACUGUGAAGGAUGGCAAAACUCUGCACGAUGAGCUGGAGAUCAUCGAGGGGCUGAAGUUCGACCGGGGCUACAUCUCCCCCUAUUUCAUCAACACCGCCAAAGGUCAGAAGUGCGAGUUCCAGGACGCCUACCUGCUCCUGAGCGAGAAGAAGAUCUCCAGCGUGCAGAGCAUCGUCCCCGCGCUGGAGAUCGCCAACCAGCACCGCAAGCCGCUGGUCAUCGUGGCGGAGGACGUGGACGGGGAAGCCCUCAGCACCCUGGUCCUCAACAGACUGAAGGUGGGGCUCCAGGUUGUAGCAGUGAAGGCCCCAGGGUUUGGAGACAACAGAAAAAACCAGCUGCAGGACAUGGCCAUCGCCACCGGGGGCACUGUGUUUGGUGACGACGCGACGGGCCUGGCUCUGGAGGACAUCCAGGCGCACGAUUUCGGGAAGGUGGGCGAGGUGUCGGUAACCAAGGACGACACCAUGCUGCUGAAGGGGCGUGGCGACGCCGCCGCCAUCGAGAAGCGCGUGGCCGAGAUCGCCGAGCAGCUGGAGACCACCACCAGCGACUACGAGAAGGAGAAGCUCAACGAGCGGCUGGCCAAGCUGUCCGACGGGGUGGCCGUGCUUAAGGUCGGGGGCACGAGCGACGUGGAGGUGAACGAGAAGAAGGACCGGGUGACGGACGCCCUGAACGCCACGCGGGCCGCCGUGGAGGAGGGCAUCGUGCCCGGCGGCGGCUGCGCCCUCCUGCGCUGCAUCCCGGCCCUGGACACCAUCUCGCCCGCCAACUCCGACCAGAAGACCGGCAUCGACAUCAUCCGCCGCGCCCUGCGCAUCCCGGCCAUGACCAUCGCCAAGAACGCGGGGGUGGAGGGCUCGCUGGUGGUGGAGAAGAUCCUGCAGGGCGGGGUCGACUUGGGCUACGACGCCAUGCAGGGGGAGUACGUGGACAUGGUGGCCAAGGGCAUCAUCGACCCCACCAAGGUCGUGAGGACGGCGCUGAUGGACGCCGCCGGCGUCGCUUCCCUGCUGGCCACCGCGGAGGCUGUCGUCACGGAGAUCCCCAAGGACGAGAAGGAAGCGGCCAUGCCAGGAGGCAUGGGGGGGAUGGGAGGCAUGGGCGGCAUGGGCGGCGGCAUGUUCUAAAACCCCGCCCCUCCCGGAACCCUCCUCUGCCAGACUUAAUGCAGGGGGCGGGGUCAGGCGGGGCCGAAUGGAAUGGCCCCUCCCCCUUCCGACCUGCUGGACUACGAUACCAAGUUCGUUGAAGAAGUGGAAACGCAAACAACCCCACCUCCGCCUUGGCCCUGUACCCCCUUUUUCAAAAAAAACACCUGAAGACUGUGAACCAGGCUCACCUGUGCCCCACCCCCAGCUCCACCCCCACCCCCCCAUCAUCUCACACGAAUACGUGAACGUGGUACGCGGUUUGCUCGGACUGUGAUCGCAAAUUAAUCUUCAUAAGCGCUGUCUGUCCCUCAAGCAUCGAUGAAAAUGCACACGUGCUGAUUUUACCACUGGUUUCUUUAUUUUUAUGGAUGGAAUUUGAUGUUCUGGUGAGUUUUGAAAGUGUUGCCAUCGUUUAUCAGAACACUAAAAUGCAGUGUGUGUUCCCCUUUUUGGCUCCAUCAGACCCUUUUUCAGGAUUUUUGGGGUAGAGCCUGGAAGGCCAGAAGGAUCGACAGAUCAGUGGAGCGUUGUCAUUGCAGCCAAACUUCAUUCCAGGUCCCGGGCACUUCUGUCAGAAAAGAUAAUUAAUCUCUUGAUCAUUGUUCAUUUUUUUAUACAUGUAUAUUAUGUUUUUUUUUUUGUUUUUUUUUUGUAUUGCCCAUUGCUGUCCGAAGUACUUUUUUGUCCGGUAAUUACCGUAUCCGGCUGAGAAUCUAUUAAAAUAUCUUUAAUUGUUUGUCCUUUGGCAUGGUCAUGAUUGUGUCCGAAAACCUGGGAUUUGUCUUUGUCAGCAUCAGAUGUUCCGUAUGAAAAGAUUAGUUUGGGUUACCGCUUCAUUUUGAAAUUCGCCUAGAUGGUAAGUGCCUCGUUUACUGCUGUUAAAUGGCAUUUUUUUCCUGUUUGUACAAAGGCACUAGGGAGGGCAGUUCACUGGAUUUGAUGGAUGUCUUCGUCUAGAAGUGCACAGCUGCAUGGACUAACGUCUGUCAUUUUAGCUCUUUCGUGGCUCACCAAAUUAGCAAUGGUAACUGCACCGGGAGAAGAACGGUGGUUACCCUAGUAUGUUAACUGUCCCGCAGUGUAACUAAACUUGCCAUUUCAAAUUGAAUAAAUGUGGUGGUCUGCAAAUCAUUCUCUUGAAUGAUGGUCUCAGAAAGCGUGUGGGUUUAACGUUUGUGCUUUUUUGUGCUUCGUUCCCCUUUUCUUAAUCGUAUUAUUUUUUUAUUAAGACGACGCUCAUUGCCACCAGCUUCCGUCCGGGAGAGCUCAGAAAGGCACGCGCGCUACUUUCACGCACGUGAUGUCGGCUGCCGCUAAUCGCGCUGCAGUUUAAAGGUCGGAAGAUUCGCAUCUCCAAGGGGAGAUGCGAAUGCCCGAUCGACCAGCAGGGGGCGCUGGUGCUCGCUGAUGAGACCGUUAAUCCCGGCUGAAUAACGGCCUCUCGUUCCUGUGUGACUAGGGCCUCCAGGGCUGCAAAUAACAAUUGGAGUUGGGCGAUCUGGAUUCUGUACCAGCUGCUGGGGAGGGUGUGUGUGUGUGUGGAUGUGUGUGUGCCCUUUUCUUAGUUUUCUGUUCCCAAUGCAGGGCGACGUAGCUCAGGAGGUAAGAGCGGUUGUCUGGCAGUCGGAGGGUUGCCGGUUCGGUUUGAUCCCCCGCCCUGGGCAUGUCGAAGUGUCCCUGAGCAAGACACCUAAUCCCUAAUUGCUCCCAACGAGCUGAUUGGAACCUUGCAUGGCAACCAUUCACCGUGGGUGUGUGUGUGUGUGAAUGGGUGAAUGAGAGGCAUCAAUUGUAAAGCGCUUCGGAUAAAAGCGCUAUAUAAAUGCAGUCUAUCCAAUGCAGAAAUGCAGCCUGUACUGAAAUGGAGAGAAAAAUGCAAGUUUAUAUACUGACGGUAACAGCUUGAACCGUCAGUCUUUGGAGAUGGAGGGACAUGGGGUGGGGCGUUUGAGUGGUGAGCAUCCUCUUGCACAGUGGUUUGAAAGAUUAGUAAUCUCCACUCUAGCUCUGUGAAACCCACCACUGGAUGCUCAGCACUAUAUCGUGCCUGAUAUUUAUCGCAUAACUAUAGCGUACAUGUUUGUUUUUUUGCAUACAAGUGUUUGCUUCUGCCUGACCAGUGGCAAAAAAUGACUGUGCAUGGGGAGGCUACUCAACGGAACAUCUAACGGUGGUGGCGUGUGUUUGCACAAUGCAUCGUCCUUCGCUAAGACAUGGCAGUGCCGAUUCAACGUUAACCUUUGUUUUAUAGUGUAGUGUAAGAGCUGUAAAAUGUAUUUAAUAAAAAUAAAAUGCUCUGAA